CUUUUCUUUCUCCCGUUUCUCCCAUCAGUUUCCUCUGCUCGCCCCGCGGUUCCCGCUUCCUACAAGGCUACAACACACCCUCCCGGUCGCCUCUGGUCGGCGUCUCCCCACCCCACUCCGCCGCCGCUCCGCUCGCCCCCAUUUCCUCCCUCUCCCGCCUCCUGCUGUCGCCUCCCUCCCAGUCAAACCCGCCGGCAGCAAACGGGAUUCCGGCUCCUCGGCUCUGAAACCUCGCGUGCGCGCGCCAGGACUCGAGGGUUCAGAUUGGGGCCGUUUCUCCGGCGUUCUUCGGCGGAUUGGCUAUUUUGCAUCAUGGAGAGUACAGACAAGGAUGAGAAAAAUCUUGUUGUCACUGAAGAGUGUACUAAUCCUGGAGAAAAUUGUGAAGAUGAAGGGGAUUUAUCAAGGAAAACAGAAAUGUUAAAUGUAGAAGAAUCAACAAAUUCUUCGAAUGUGGGUUUAAGCAAUGAGUCAGAAGCACAGAUCGAAGUGGGACGUAACUCAGAAAAGGACUUAAAUGGACAGAUGAAUGAAAGUGCAAGUUCAGAUGCCAUGGAACCUUUACACUCAAACCAGAUCACAAAAGAUAUUCAUGUGGAAGACAAAUCUGAAGAGCCAGUGUUUGAUGGUACUGAGGUUCCUGAAAUGGAAGAAAUGAGGCGUUCGUCCAAUCAGUCUGCGGAACUUGACUCAGAGGCUCAGGUUUCUGUAAUCAAUGAGUGGGCUGUUGCAAUCAAGAACUUUGUUAAAGAAAAGAGUGCCAUUGCGGUUUCAACAUUUAUGCGGCGCCUUUCUGGCAAAAAGGACGAGAAUGAGUUCAAGGUUGAAGCUGACAAGAGUGAUGGUUCAGAAUGCAUCGACAGCGAGAAGACUGGGUCUGAUGCUGAACCUAAAACUAAAGAGGUGCAGCAGAAAACCGACGAAAGAACUGCAUGGAAUCCACUAAACUUGAUUAAAUUUGGACGAGAUUUUGAUACUUUUACAACUGGGGAAGCAGGGCCUGAAGAUGUGCCAAAUUUGUCGGAGCAGUCGAAAGUGAAGGGUAGGAUUAUAAUAUACACAAAACUGGGGUGUGAGGAUUGCAAAAUGGUUCGUCUAUUCUUGCAUCAGAAAAGGCUCAAGUAUGUGGAGAUCAACAUUGAUAUCUUCCCUAGCAGAAAGUUGGAGUUGGAGAAGAAUUCUGGAUCAUCCAGUGUACCAAAAGUUUAUUUCAAUGACCUGCUGAUUGGAGGAUUAGUUGAGUUGAAGAAAAUGGAAGAUUCUGGCAUACUUGAUGAGAAUAUCGGUGUACUUUUCAAAGAAGAACCUUCAUCUUCUGCUCCCUUACCUCCCUUACCUGGAGAAGAUGAUGAAUCUGGAAGUGGGAAGAUGGAUGAGCUGGCAACCAUUGUCAGAAAGAUGAGAGAAUCGGUCACUCCUAAAGAUAGAUUUUAUAAGAUCAGAAGAUUUAGUAACUGCUUUCUUGGUAGCGAAGCUGUGGAUUUCUUAUCAGAAGAUCAGUAUUUGGAGAGAGAUGAGGCAGUGGAAUUUGGAAGGAAGCUUGGAAGCAAAUACUUCUUUCGUCAUGUUGUAGAUGAAAAUGUCUUUGAAGAUGGAAAUCACUUAUACCGCUUCCUGGAUCAUGAACCCAUAGUUAUGACUCAGUGCUACAACAUCCCUAGGGGCAUUAUUGAUGUUGCACCGAAGCCCAUUGCUGAAGUGGCAUCAAGGUUGAGAUUGUUAUCUUAUGCCAUUUUUGAAGCUUAUGUAUCUGUGGAUGGUAGGCAUGUUGACUACAGAAGCAUCCAGGACUGUGAGGAAUUUAAAAGGUAUAUUAGAACAAUUGAGGAGCUCCAAAGGGUGGAAAUUGAUGACUUAUCACGUGAAGAAAAGCUAGCUUUCUUCAUAAAUCUCUACAACAUGAUGGCUAUUCAUGCAUUAGUGACAUGUGGCGUUCCUGCCGGACCACUGGACAGGAGAAAGUUUUUUGGAGAUUUCAAGUAUGUCAUUGGUGGAUGUUUAUUACUUUAUCUCCUUCUAAAUGUGAAAUAUGUGGCCCUUCCAUACCAUGAACCUCUUGUUCACUUUGCUUUGGUAUGUGGCACCAAAUCUGGACCUGCACUUAGGUGUUACUCGCCAGGAGAUAUUGAUAAAGAAUUGAUGGAAGCUGCACGUGAUUUCCUAAGGAAUGGUGGACUGAUUGUUGACCCUGAUGCCAAAGUCGCAUCUGCAAGCAAGGUUUUAAAAUGGUAUAGCACAGAUUUUGGCAAGAAUGAGACGGAAGUGCUGAAGCACGCCGCAAACUAUCUUGAGCCCGCACAGUCAGAGCAGCUCUUGGAACUUCUUGCGAGCACGCAGCUGAAAGUCGUGUACCAACCCUACGACUGGAGCAUAAACAUCUAGACGCAGCUUGAUGUGCAUCCGCGUGUUCCGGUUACAUUUGCAUACCUGUUGCACAAAGUUCCGUGGAUCCGUGCCGCUCAUGUACCCACAUUUCCCAUUCUGAAGCAGGGUGCACCUCUGACAGAGCGUUCUUAUAUUGGGGCAAAAUGGAUGAUUACCAAAUGACCUGAUAUAUGUUGCAUUGGUUUGACUGGAUGAGCGUUUUGAACCGUUGAUGCGGCCUUCCCCAAUUGGUGCUACUCAAAUUAUUUGUUAUUGCUGCUAUUCAGUGUCCUGUGGGCCAUCCGUGUCAUUGGGCGAGUUUCGCACCUCCUCAUUUUAUUGAUAAUGAGUCAUCACUCCCUCUGUCA